AUGGUAAAACUCGCAGGAGGAUGGAUAGAUCUUAACGAGAGAUACGGAGAAAUGUUCAAAGGCGACUUCAACCCCAACAUCUGCAACAAGAACACCCUUAAAGUCUUGGGCCUAACACACCAUUGUAAAGACUGCAAGCAACGCCCGUCGCUCGAGUCGAGACUGAUGAGACUGAAAGCGUUCUGCGACGAGUGCGGCGAGCGCUCCACUGUCUGGUCCAGAGGGUGCGGAAAACAUCCUUAUAGCCACGGCUACAACAUCGUUUUUAAGGCUGUACGCGAUGACUGGCCGGCCUCGGAGAUAGAGCGUCUAUUGGCGACAAGUGGUACUGUUCAGGUCGAGGACAUCGCGGACCUACUCGACAACGGUGCCUCCUCCCCUGGUCCAGAUCCCGAGGACGACGAUGUUGCUGAGCUCGCUGGAAUAGUCGCAAACGCCGAUAUCAGUACGAACAGCGAAGCCUUCGAAAGCCCGGCCUCUCCACAAACGACCCCAGUGCCUGGAGCCAACCCUAGCGUACAAAUUGAAGGAAGUGUCGCGUCGCUUCCCCCUGUCCCCACAGGCAAGACUUUCAGAACGUCGCAAUGGCUUCUCACUGGGCUCAAGGGUAAAGACGCCAAAGGCAUGAGACAAGCGCGUGCGGCGACCGGAAGAAAGAUACGUCGGGACACAGAAGCUGCUGCGCAGGCCGAGAUAGCUGCGGAUGAACGCGUGAAGGAAGCUCAAAGAGCUAAGAGAGCGGCUGAAGUAAUUAAGGAAGCAGAGCAAGAGAAGGCGAGGAAGGGCAAGACUGGACAUAAGCGGAAGUAG